CUAAAUCCCAGUUCCUGGAAUAUGCCUUGCUCAAUAAAAUUUUACAAAAGAAAUGACAGGGAAUAAAUUCAGAGCCUCAUCUGUACUAGAUUCUUGCUUGUCCUUGCAGAGAGAAGCCUACUCAGAGUGGUUACUGAAAACAGGAACCUGCCAUUCUGCAAGCCCUGUGCCUUCCUCGUUCCUAGCAGAGGAAGUAUGUGGCCAGUUUAGCAACUGCAGUUCUUCUGGGUAGCAUGGGCUGCUUCUCCACACUCGCGAGAGGCCCGGCUGCCUGUUUAUUCCGGAGUAGCAGCAGUUGACAGACGAAGAGGCAGUGACUCUGCGCCCAGGAAUCCCUCUGCAGACAGCUCUCACAGGAGUCAUGCCCAGUGUGUGAAGGCUCUGGGCAUCACCAGCGGCCCCGGGGAAAAAGAAAGAAAUGGGAAACAGCAUGAAAUCCGCCCCUGCACCUGCCGAGAGGCCCCUGCCCAACCCAGAGGGACUUGAGAGCGACUUCCUUGCCGUGCUGAGUGACUACCCAUCUCCUGACAUCAGUCCCCCGAUAUUCCGCCGAGGGGAGAAACUGCGUGUGAUUUCUGAUGAAGGGGGCUGGUGGAAAGCGAUUUCUCUUAGCACUGGUCGAGAGAGUUACAUCCCUGGAAUAUGUGUGGCCAGAGUUUACCAUGGCUGGCUGUUUGAGGGUCUGGGCAGAGACAAGGCAGAGGAGCUGCUGCAGCUGCCAGACACAAAGGUCGGCUCCUUCAUGAUCAGGGAGAGUGAGACCAAGAAAGGGUUUUACUCACUGUCGGUGAGACACAGGCAGGUAAAGCAUUACCGCAUUUUCCGCCUGCCCAACAACUGGUACUACAUUUCCCCGAGGCUCACCUUCCAGUGCCUGGAGGACCUGGUGAACCACUAUUCUGAGGUGGCUGAUGGCCUGUGCUGUGUGCUCACCACACCCUGCCUGACACAAAGCACAGCUGCCCCAGCAGUGAGGGCCUCCAACUCACCUGUCACCUUGCGUCAGAAGACCGUGGACUGGAGGAGAAUGUCCAGCACUGGAGCAGAUGGAAAUCCAUGCCUUUCCACUCCCACAGCCACCAUCCUAGCUGAAGUCCUUAUCAUCCUUUUCCUGGAGUACUUCAAGAGCCUCCUAGCUCAUCACUCUAUCUGCCUCUCUUCCUGGAUCAAUAUCUGGGGGACCUUGGAAGAUUCAUGCUGAAGAAGUCAGAGCCUCCAUCAGCCUGGGUCCCUGAAUCACUGUAUGGAGCAGAGCAUACAGGCCCCUCCAUCACCAGAUGGGCUUUACAUGAGCAAAACAGUGUUAAGCCACUGAUACUAGGAGUUUAUCUGUCACAGCACUUAAUGAUACCUUAGCUAAUAUAUUCCAUCCUCCAUACAUUGCUUUAUCCACAACGCACUGCUCUGCUACUGAGUCCCAUUUAGAUAGAUUAGAAUGGAGAUUUCUCUGAGUAUUUACCAAGAUGUGCUCCACUCAACCCAUACCUUGGCUUGCUGGCAUCCCAGGAGCCUGUCCAGUUCAAGGGCUCUGGUGCCUGGAAGCGCCUCUCUGCCAGGGGCGGGGCAGCAUAUGGAACUCCAAGGAACUGGUCCACUUGCUUCCAUGAGGUGCCCACCUGAAUGGCCUGGGACCUGCCCAGCAGGCGGCCAUGGGUGACAAUGGGCACAGAAGGUACAGAUGCCUCAUAGCUGAGCAGAGAGAUUCCUGUUGGGAAAGAGAAAGGGGUGAGGAAGGGGAGAGGCCUCAGUGAGUGCUCUCUCCACUGGCAUUCUGAAUGUGUUUUCAGCAAAAGAAAAAUCACUGCUUUUUGUACCUUGAAAAUGUCAGUCAUUUAUUCAGACCCCUACAGGUUAAAUCUAGUCAGGUUUUCAAUGUAAACAAACAAACAAAAAAUUGGCAAAGACAGCUGAUCUUUAUUAGGUACCGAAAUGCACAGUAUGCAGUGCUAAUCCCUUCUAUACAUGGGUUCAGGCCCAGGACCCCUUACCAGCACCCUGGGGCCUUUUGAAAGAACAGAGAAGCAAACAGCACCCAAUCCCCUAGGGAGGCCUGGAGUGCGGCCCCACCUUUAAACACAGCCAUCAUUUCUGUGGUGAGAUGUGUGGGUUACUCAUCCUGAGAGAGAUGAGUAAAGAAUAGAAUUUCUUUAGCCACCCCAUGUCAGAUUUUGCCACCAAAUGAGUUAGCUGCAGACUUACCAAAAAAAAAAAAAAAAAUACUUUUAAGACUUUUGGAUUUCAAAAUUGCAGUGUAGGGGUCGCAGGCCCACAUUUACAUUUCAUUAGUGAGGGAAUAGAUGUAGAGGUGGAGGCCUAGGGCCUGCUAGGAUCACAGACGAUAGAGAGUGAUGUAGGAUUCAAAGCCACACCUUUCUCAACCCCGGCUCUGACCACACCCCAUGUGCAAAAGGUUGGGACCAGUUCAGAGCUUUGCUUCUCUCUGCGUCACGGGUGCCCUGGGUGCCCCAGCUUGCGAGUCCAUCCCGCCCAUUUUUUCAUGUCCAAAUCCCUCCUUGCCCACAAGGCCAACACUGGUGCCACCUGCCAUGCCUCCCACCCCGCUCCGUGCAACACUAAUCGCCAGCGACAUUCAUCGGUUUCUCCGUAGCCCUAUCUUGUUUCCUCGAUGACAUUUUCUUUCAUUCAUUGAUUGAUCCGGUAAACUUUUGUUGGGCCCAGGCUCAGUGCCAAGUACUGUUUUCAGGAACUUAAGACAGGCCUGUCUGAUGCCACACAGGACUCAAAGCCCUGCACAAAGGAAGCAGUGAACACACAUGGAGAGAUACUUCAAGUGUGUGUGAGAAGUCUCUUAUUUCUGACACGUAGAUUUGGUCUGCUCAACUCCACUCUCAGCUGAUUGAAAGGCAAAACCUUUUUGCUUUCUCUGCAGCUCCUUCUAUAAAAGUAUGUAUCUAUUGCAGUGGUGACUAAACAAGACAGUGCAGAGAGGAGGCAGACAGACCUGCAGACAGACCAAGAGGCGGACAGGCAGACAGAAGUCCAUCUACUCUGCAGGAGCUUUGUAUCAUAUAGAGAUUCUUAACUGAAAGUAAUUUUGCCCACAGGGGACAUUUGACCACAUCUGGAGACAUUUUUGGCUGUCACAGGGGUCAGGGAGAGAUGCCACUGACAUCCGGUGGGAGAGGCCAGGGCUGUUGUUACACAUCCUACAGUAGGCAGGACAACCACUGCUCCCACACAUAUACAACAAAGAAUGCUCCAGCCCCAAAUGUCAGUGGGUUCUGAGGUUGAGAAGCCUGGGUAUCAUGUCUGUCCUUGAUUUGCAGGUCACUGAGUGUCACCAUGGUGAAUUGGUUAAGGAGUCAAGCAGAUCUGGGUUUUAUGCUUAUGGAACAGCUAGUUACUGGAAAAACUUUACAGUCUUUCUGCCUAUGAAAUGGGAACAAUAGUGUCUCCUACAAUACAACAAUGUCAGGAAUAAAUAAUAAUACCUGUAAUGUUCCAAGCCCAGUGCCUGAAAAAUGACAGAAAUUCAACACACAAGUAAAUGAAUGAAUGAAUGAGUGGAAGGAAAAAAGGAAGGAAUUGGUGGGGGUGGGGUGACACAGGGAGAGAAAAAAAGAGAAAGAAGAAAAAUAGAGCAAAUGAAGCCUUCUCUGUUGCAGAAACAUUGGAAUAUGAGUUAGAACUCAAAAUGGAAACUUGGGCUGGAAAGAAACAGUUGCUGUUUUUUAAUCUGACUUUAAUCACAAAUCAAGGCUGAUGUUACCCCCACAGUCCCUCCUCGCAAAACUUCCUGUCACAAUCAUAAAUCAAGGGGUAUUGGGCAAGCACUCAGGCUGCUGAAGUGCUGGAACCUCAUUCUACUAUGCAGCAAACAGCCACAUUUUAUGUACGUGGCAUCAUCCAAAGGCGGGAGCAAAGCCAGAACAAAUAUAAAGGCUGAAGAAUUUCGGGGGAAUACAGUCCUGCUUUCCCAUGGCAGUGGUAUUCAGUCUUCCCUUCAGAGACUGCCCAGUGAAUCUCCAACUUAAUGAGAUCAAACAUGGGGAACAUGUUAGAUGUGAGGUUAUCUCUUUCAAAUUCUUUAGCAGAAAUGAUAGAUUCUUUCUAGAAUACCCACAGAGGCCGUGUGACUACCUGGGUUAAGAAAAUUAUCAGUGGCCAUGUAUAUCAGCUGUAAACAAAUAAUGUUUGCGUGAAAGUUGAGACACCUGUAGAUGUGUAUGUGCACACAUAUUCUUUUGGAAGUGAGCAUUUCCUAUUGAGUUUUAGUCAUGCUGAAGUAAUACAGAAGCAGUCUAAUUUGUGUUUUACAGAA